AAAAAAAAAAAAGGCUUUUUAGAGAGAGAAAACUAGAGAGAGAAAGGGAUGGGCGUGGAUUACUACAAGAUUCUUCAGGUAGAUAGGAACGCCAAGGACGAUGACUUGAAGAAAGCCUACAGAAAGCUCGCCAUGAAAUGGCAUCCAGAUAAAAACCCUUCCAAUAAGAAAGAUGCCGAGUCCAAAUUCAAGAAAAUCUCCGAAGCAUACGAUGUUUUGAGUGAUCCGCAAAAGCGAGCGGUUUACGAUCAGUACGGAGAGGAGGGAUUGAAGGGGCAGGUGCCGCCUCCGGGCGCCGGCGGGUUUCCCGGCGGCGCGGACGGCGGUCCGACGAUGUUCCGGUUCAAUACGAGGAGUCCGGACGACAUAUUCUCCGAGCUUUUCGGGUUUUCGGGAUUUGGAGGUAUGGGGGAUAUGGGAGGCUCUAGGGCUGGGGCUUCGGGGUUUCCGAGGAGCAUGUUCGGCGAGGACAUCUUCGCGUCGUUUAGGGGCGGAGGCGGCGAGGCUUCGACGAAUGCGCUGAGGAAAGCUCCGGCUAUUGAGAGGACGUUGCCUUGCACUUUGGAGGAUUUGUAUAAGGGCACCACCAAGAAGAUGAAGAUAUCUAGGGAUGUCACCGAUUCCAGCGGAAGACCCAACACGGUGGAGGAAAUUUUAACAAUUGAAAUAAGGCCAGGUUGGAAGAAAGGAACAAAAAUAACUUUUCCUGAGAAGGGAAACGAACAACGAGGUGUCAUACCUGCAGAUCUUGUCUUCAUCAUUGAUGAAAAACCUCAUGGUGUCUUUAAGAGGGAUGGCAAUGAUCUCGUUUUAACCCAGAAAAUAUCUCUUGUGGAAGCUCUUACGGGUUACACAGUGCAGUUGACAACCCUUGAUGGACGAAACCUGACCAUCCCGAUCAAUUCUAUUAUCAGUCCCACCUAUGAAGAGGUGGUUAAAGGAGAGGGUAUGCCUAUUCCCAAAGAACCCACCAAAAAGGGAAAUUUGAGAAUCAAGUUCAACAUCAAAUUCCCUUCUAGGCUUACUUCAGAGCAAAAAACUGGUAUCAAGCGGUUAUUAACAUCUUCAUAAACACUGGUGGUAGCUCUCACUGCCGUCUGUUGAAUUUGUGCUCAGAUUGCAUUUGUUUUGUUUCUUAGUAUUUAUUCUGGAAAGUUAAAUUAUGCUUUGUGAAGUCUGAUGAUUUGAAGAAACAACUGUGUAGGAGUUGUGUAUUGAUUUCCCAUGCUCUCUUUCUCAUAUUUCCUUUUUCAUUUAUACAUUUGGACAUUUCAUUAGUGUUAGAAGUUAUAGAGCUCUUGAGGGUAGGAGAAGCGCUGACAUGACACGAAUGCGAUUUUGUUGCAAAGGGCCAUUGAAGAUCCUCUCAUCCUCACUCGCACACAUUAUACCUCGACUCUCGACAGCUUCUUUGAACCAGGUACCAUGAAGAACAAGAAGCAGUUGAUUGUCUUGUGAUAGGAUACGGUGGCAUGAUAUUGCUAAUUGGUUUCUCCUCUGGUUGGUAUUACUAAUUGGUUUCUCAUUUGGUUAUGUGACGCGAAAAAUGUAUGUAGGCUUUAAUUACGUGCCAAAAAGAGGCAUCAGCUGUUUUCUGUUCGUCACUUUUAAAGCUUCGAAGACCUGAAUUGUAGUAACCAACUUGAAUGCGUGAAAAGGUAGACUUUUGAUGAGAUGUUUGUUUUUGAUAUUGCUCUUGAAAAGGGAAGGGUGAUCUAGACGGCUUGAGUGUGAUCUUCGGUUUAACCGACUGUCUCUUUUAUAAGGGGUUGAAGAAAUUGGUAAACCAACAUGCUUAAAGAAGACGUAAUUUAUUUGUUAUCAGAUGGGAAAGUUACAACUAACUCUGGAAGAACGGCUUAAUUUGGGUACUGAGCUGGUUAUUCAUUUUAUUUUUGGUGGCUAUUUAGUCUUCACUCCAUUUGCUUCA